AUGAAAGUGGCUAUCAUCUAUUACUCCACCUACGGCCAUAUCACCACCUUGGCUGAGGCCAUUAAGGCUGGUGUUGAGAAGUCUGGCAAGGCUUCCCAAGUUGACAUCUUCCAGGUGCCUGAGACUUUGUCUACUGAAGUUUUGCAAUUGUUGCAUGCUCCACCAAAGGCUAAAUAUCCUGUCGCUACCUUGGACACUUUGACCACCUACGACGCUUUCGUGUUUGGUUACCCAACCAGAUUCGGUACUUUACCUGCCCAGUUUGUUGACUUCUUGGGAACUACUGGUGGCUUGUGGGCUUCUGGUGCCUUGUACGGUAAGCCAGUUUCUCUUUUCACAUCGGUCAGCUCCCCAGGUGGUGCCCAGGAGACUCCAUUCAGAAACUUCUUUUCCUACAUUGCCCACCACGGUUUGGUUUACAUCCCAUUGGGUUACGCUAAGGCUUUUGCCGAGCUUACAGACAUGUCGGAAGUUCACGGUGGUACCCCAUAUGGUGCUGUGACUUUCGCAGGUGCUGACGGUUCCAGACUCCCUUCAGACUUGGAGAAGAAGAUCGCCAACAUCCAAGGUGAGAGUUUCGCUGAGAGUGCCACUAGAUUCGUUGCAUCUUCUGAGAAGCCAGCAGCCAAGUCUGAUAAGAAGACUGAAACUAAGAAGGCCGCUACCCCUGCACCUGCCACAGAGAAGAGAGCAGAACAAUCGAAGGCUGCUGCUGCUCCUCAGAAGGAGGAUUCUGGAUGUGGUGUCAAGUGUGUAAUUGUCUAA